ACCCCGCCCUCCCCCACGGCGUCCGGAGCUGCAUCCAAGCCACCCUCCUCCCUGUGUUUCCCUCCCUUUCCUCCUCUCCCCCGCCCCCUUCGUGACCCCCCUCUCCCCUCUCUCUUUCCUUCUGUCGGACUCCAAUGCUCCCCUCGGUAGUGGCCGCUGGCCGAACCUUGCGCCAGGCGAUCCGACCAGCGAUGCUGGGACUGGCGCGAGGGGCACCGCGGCCCAAUGGUGGCCUUCGGCCUGUGGCCAUGCUGCCCGCGACGCUCGGGCUGGGCACUGGCGCGGUGGCGUACCCGAGCCGCGGGCUUUCCUCGACCGCCGUCGAGACGCCCCCCCGGCCGGCCCCCCCUCCGGCGCAUGGCCCCAGAGGCGCCAUAGAUCUGGCCCCGUAUGAUGUGGAUUGUGCCGGGGCGCGUCUUUGUCGGGAGAUCGAGGCCGGGGUGACCCCGCUGCCGCGGGGGUUCGACGAUGUGGAACACUUCCGGCUAUUCCUGCGGCUCAGCGGGGACCCGUCCGUGGGCCGGCCGCUGGAGGCCCUCUGCACCAUGGGUCGGCUGCUGGGGAUGGAUCGGGCCUCGGUGCGGGGCCUGCUUGACCGGUAUGCCCGAGUCUAUGGGAUUCCCCCGUCGCGGCGUUCGAUGAGAACCCCGGUGCCCGGGCUGGGCCCCGGGCAUCCGAUCUUCGAGGACAUGAUGGCGCUGGCGCGGCGAGAUCCACCGGUCCUUGGGAGGACCCUCUGCCGGCUGGUGCGCAUGCCAAGCCAGGUGGUGGAGGCCCUGCUGAAGGAGCAUAUGCCGGAGGUGCUGACCAUGCCGGAAGUGGCUCAAGGGGUGUGUAUCCACCGGCUGCGGGAGCUGGUGACCGUGUCUCCGGCCCUGUCGCGACGCAGCAUGUCUGUCCUGCUGUCGUGCGAUGCGUUUUCCGUGAGACGCAAGAUCGAGGUCCACAUGCCGGAGUAUCUCGACGUUCAUGUGUUCACCAUUCCCCCGGGAAAGCAGCAGGCGCUGCGAGCCGUAUUGGCCGAUAGGAGCAUCGUGCCGGCGCCCACACAAGCGGAGGUGUGCCAGCUAGCCGGCGUGGAUUUGUACGCCCUCCGGACCUUUGGGCCGCUUCUGCAUGCGGAAUAUGCGGUUCGCCGGUGGGGGGAACUACCGCCGGCGAUGGUGGACCAGCUGCGGGCGCUGCUGCGGAAGCGGUGCCACAGCGUGCGCGAGAUGGCCGACCAAUUGGGCCUACCGGUGAAGCGGCUCCGGUGGUACAUCAAGCACUAUGAGCCGGGGGCGAUGCUGCCACGUCGGAUAAAUGGGCCGUUGCGGCAGCUGGCCCCGCCGGCGGGGCUCGGCCGGCUGACGCUGGAAAUGUAUGUGAAUCGCUUUCUGCCGGAGGAAUCGCCGAUUCGCCGGAACCCGAGUGUGGAGUUCAUCGACCGGCUGGGCGCCGAGUGGGAAGCCGGCGCGUCGGCCGGCGGCGCCGGGUCGGAGCCCGGCUCGCGAGCCCGGGCGCCGGCCAAUGACCGGGACUUGAGGGGGGUCAUUCAGUCGCUGGUUUGGCUGCGGCCGACCUUGUCGAUGUUCGAACUGGCCGAGCACUUGGUCAUGUCGGUGCAGAGCCUCAGAAAGGCCGUGGCUGCGAUCGACUGGCCGGCGGACCCGCGGAAUUACCAGACCCAGGCAUUGGCCCUGCCGCGUGAGGACAUUCUCAAGCUGAGGAUGCUGGGGAACCGGGUGCACCCGGCCGGCGGGCGCAUGCUGCUCACGGUGUCGGAGAUCGCGGCCAAGAUGGAGCGGUGCCCGGAUUUGGUGUACACCCUGCUGCAUCGGUAUUGUCCGGAGUACUUCUUCCUGGCG